AUGUGGUGGGCACCUUUCGCACUGGUUGCCUUGUUUCCGGCCACAACGGCCACCGACUACCCAGAUGAGACUCUGGACUCUCAGUGGCAGAUGUGGAAGAAAAGCCACCGGAAGGACUACAAUGGCCAGAUGGAAGAAGUCUCCCGAAGACUGAUAUGGGAGAAGAACCUGAAGUACAUCAAUACCCAUAACCUGGAAUUUUCUCUGGGAAGGCAUACUUUUGAACUGGCCAUGAACCAUUUGGGAGAUAUGACUAGCGAGGAGUUGGUACAGAAGAUGACCGGCCUCAAAGUCCCUCUGUCCCGCAAGCCCAGUAAUGACACGCUAUACAUCCCAGACUGGGAAGAGCGGGUUCCCGAUGCCGUGGACUAUCGUAAGAAGGGCUACGUCACUCCCGUCAAGAACCAGGGCCAAUGUGGUUCCUGUUGGGCCUUCAGCUCCGUGGGAGCCUUGGAAGCGCAGCUCAAGAUGAAGACAGGGAAACUUCUGAACCUGAGCCCACAAAACCUGGUGGACUGUGUCAGCAACAACGACGGCUGCGGUGGUGGCUACAUGACCAACGCCUUUGAGUAUGUCCAUGUGAACCGGGGCAUCGAUUCGGACGAUACCUAUCCAUACAUUGGACAGGAUGAAAACUGUAUGUACAACCCGACUGGCAAGGCGGCCAAGUGCCGUGGCUAUAAAGAGAUCCCCGAAGGAGACGAGAAGGCCCUGAAAAGAGCUGUCGCCCGGAAAGGACCCGUGUCGGUGGGCAUCGAUGCCAGCUUGGCCUCCUUCCAGUUCUACAGCCGAGGUGUCUAUUAUGAUGAAAACUGCAAUGCCGACAACAUCAACCACGCCGUCCUUGCGGUGGGCUACGGGUCUCAGAAAGGAACCAAGCACUGGAUUGUCAAAAAUAGCUGGGGAGAAGACUGGGGUGACAAAGGUUACAUCCUUAUGGCCCGGAAUAUGAACAAUGCCUGCGGGAUUGCCAAUCUUGCCAGCUUCCCGAAGAUGUGAGACGCUGUUCGCCUAAAUCCUUUGUGUCCGCAGAAGGCCGGACCUCCCAAAGCAGGAAUCAAGGAUUUGAAAGACAGGCGCCAAGGCCCAACUGUAUAUCAAGGCCUUUCUUGUCUUUCUUAUGUUUUUUUGACACCACCUUCUGUAUCUUUUCUUUUUUUAAAAAAUUGAGAACUUUG